AUGUCCAACAUCGGUAGCUACUCCGACGGGAGCUCCAGAGACAAGGAGGAGCUGGCGCUCCGUAUUGCGCUCGAGCUCUCGCUGGUCGAUACGGGCGGCAGCUCCGGGUCUGGUGCGACGCCACCUAUCGCCCGUCGUCGCAACGCCGACGCCGGUGCCGGCCCUUCCCACCCCGCCCAGGGAUCUGUGAGGCCUGCCCGAUCUGCUCCUUCCGCCCGACGGCCUCCUCCACCUCCGUCCGCUGCUCCGCGCGGGCAGCGGUGGGUUCUAGUGCCCGCUGCGGACUCCGAAGUCGGAGACACGUGCCGCCCGCCGCGAGAGGCAGAGGACAAGGGAAAUGGGGGCGGGCCAGACGCAUCUGCGCAGUCCGCCCGCCGCCGCCGGGUGCCCGACGAGGAGGACCGUCUCCUCGAGUGGUUGUACCGUCGGUCACUUAGUGAGGCGGAGAUGAAGGCCCGACGGCUCCGGAGGAUUAACGCCAAGCAGCUCCGGCUCGGCAUUGAGCAAUUCGAGCGGGACGCGGCGGAGGCAGCGGCAGAGGUGGUGAAGGUGGCCAAACUCAAGCGCAAGCAAGACCGCGUCGUCUGGGGCUUGCAAGGCUACAUCGUCAUCUGCGAUUCCUCCUCCUCCGACAGGUCUGACGGCUCCGACAUGGACCCACCUCCUUCCGCGGACUCCUACAGCUGCGCCGGCGACCGGAAGGGUUCGGCUCCGCAUACAAACAUAGGCAUGGCCACCAGCAGCCCACAGCUCGUGAUGCUCGUGUCGUGUUUGGCCGCCCUUGCCCUCGCCGCCGGCGCCGGGGAAGCGGAUGGUAGGCCAAAGGCCCGCAGGUUCGUGACGGCGAGCGGGGCGCGGUUCAUGGCGGGCGGGCGGCCGUUCUACGCCGACGGGUUCAACGCGUACUGGCUCAUGUACAUGGCAUCGAACCCCGCGGACCGGAGCAAGGUGCUCGACGUGCUGGACCAGGCGUCCCGCCUCGGCCCAACGGUCGUCAGGACCUGGGCCUUCAGCGACGGCCAGGGCAGCGACCGGCCGCUGCAGAUCACCCCCGGCGUGCACAAUGAGCAAGUGUUCGUGGGACUAGACUUCGUAAUAGCGGAAGCAAAGAAACGAGGGAUCUACUUGAUCCUGAGCUUGGUGAACAACAUGGACAGCUUUGGCGGGAAGAAGCAAUACGUGCAGUGGGCCCGAGACCGAGGCCACUACCUUGGGUCCGACGACGACUUCUUCUCCGAUGCCCUCACCCAGCAGUUCUACAAGAACCACAUCAAGAGGAUGGUCACGAGAGUCAACACCUUCACGAGGGUGGCGUACAAGGACGAGCCGACCAUCUUCGCGUGGGAGCUGAUGAACGAGCCUCGCGUCCCGAGCGACCUCUCCGGAAAGACGAUGGAGCGCUGGGUGGCAUCGAUGUCCGCGUACGUCAAGUCCGUCGACCCCAAGCACAUGGUGGAGAUCGGCAUGGAAGGGUUCUACGGCGAGUCUACGCCGGAGCGCAAGCGGUUCAACCCGGGGCAAGGGUACACCGGCGGCACCGACUUCAUCUCCAACAACCACAUCCCCACCGUCGACUUCGCCACCAUACACAUCUACCCCGACCAAUGGUUGCCGGGGUCGAGCAGCCAUGCGCAGGUGGAGUUCACCAAGAGGUGGAUGGCGUCUCACAUCGAGGACGCGGGGAAGGCGCUGCGGAAGCCGCUGCUGGUGGCGGAGUUCGGCUGGUCCGCGCGCUCCGGCGGCUACACGGUGGCGGCGCGGGACGGCUACUUCCGCAUGGUGUACGACGCCAUCUACGCGUCGGUGAAGGGGGGCGGGCCGUGCGCCGGGGGGCUCUUCUGGCAUGUCAUGGCGCCUGGGAUGGAGAGCUGGACCGACGGCUAUGACGUCGUGUUCGAGCGCAGCCCCACCACCGCCGCCGUCGUCUCGCAGGAGUGCGCCAAGAUCCACAGAAUCACGUCCGCAGUCUAGCUUUUAUUGAGGCACAUGCAUGUGUGUGGACUGUGGAGGAAUCGAAGACUCACGAGCCCAUUGGAUUGGAAUUAUUUACAUCGGGUUGCUAACGAAUAGAAGAGCGCUAGGCGUCCGUUGGACGGCGGGGCAACAAAUCGUCCUCUCCUCAGCCGUCUGGUCCAAGUUAAAUAGCGAUUUUAGUCUAUCAAUCAAAUAUGGAACUCUCCGCAUGUUA